AUGGGGCCCAAAAGUAUCAAUAAAGGAAAGGGUGUACCAGGAUCAGAUAAAUUUAUUUAUCCCAAUGGAGAUAAAUACAUCGGAGAAUUUUUAGCAUUCCGAAACGAAACCGUAUUCAAGCACGGAUAUGGAAAGUAUACUACCUGGGAUGGCCAAAUUUAUGAUGGACGUUGGAUUAUGGACAAAUUGGUUAGUUCCGAGGAAGAAAAAAUGAUAUUAAAGCAUAGUACAGAAGAUACAUUUGAAGGAACACUUGUGAAUCAAAAAUACCAUGGUAAUAAUUGUAAAUUCACUUUUAACGAUGGGUCAUAUAUGAUAUGUACGUUUCAAGAAAAUAGACCUAGUGGAGAAGUGGUUUAUACAGAUCCAAAUGGCAAUGAAUGGGUUGGAUACUUUAAAGAUGAUUAUAUAAAGUUGAAGCCAAAAAACCAUUUUCUCACCAAUUAUCCAAAAUGA